AUGAUGCCGCAACCGAUUGGAGCACCAGACGCCGCUGCAACACCAACCAAUAACGCACCAAAAACACCAAAUGCAGCAUCAGCAUCGGCUUCUAUAAUGCAAUUUAUGGAACGUUUUGAUCAGAGUGACAUAAAGUGGAAGAAAUGGUUACAACGCCUCGAAAAUGCCAUGGAGGUAGGCGCCGUUUCCAAAACGAUCAAACCAAAAAUGCUUCUGCACUGCAUCGGCGCAAAGGCGUACGACGAGUUGACCGAUCUGGUCGCACCGGCUAAGCCGGAAUCCAUGCAGUACGACGAGUUGACGAAGAUACUGACGGAACACUUCGAACCCGAGCCGCUCGAGAUGAUGGAACUGUUGGCGUUCCGUAACCGAAAUCAACAGGAAGGAGAAUCUAUCAAGGAGUACACCCGUGCAUUGCUGCAUAAGGCGAAUGAUUGCGGAUUUGGCGACCACAUCCAGAAGGCGCUUGAAUUGCCAAAUGAAUUAAUGAAACCAACUAAAAGAAGAGCAAGUAAAUUACCCUUCCCUAUAGGGGGAUACCUUCCAAAGCGUUAUCGGGGGAUCUGGGAGGCAUUAAUGGUACUACAGUGAGCAUCCUCGAAACCCGUCCAGCAGCGGGUUGGACGUAAGUAUAAUUCAAUUGCUUGAUGACCUGCAGCGCCCCAUGGUCCCUUCGCUUUGGUCUCGAAGGAUACAGCUGGCGAGCCCGCUGGUGUGAAUUAUGGCUCUAACGAAGUUCAGAGGAGGAGACGUAAAGUAUUUUUAGAAAAUCUCGUCAUUAACAAGGGUGCAGAGCUCUUAUUUUAAUGGAAAAUUCUCCUUUGGUUCUGUCGGAGUCUGAGCGACAGUGAUAUUCAUUCUUUACAAUAAAGCAACCCCUCAUUUGCUUACAGUUUUGAUUGAACAUAGUUUCUACAAAAAAUCCCUUCGAUCCAGUUAUGAUGAAAUUUACUUAAACACUUUUUUUCAACCCAUAGUCAGCAGAUGGCGCCAACAAAGAAUAUUUUUUUCGCCAUUCAAACCAUUUACUGAUUAGAGCCGAAGAUGCGCAAGGGUCGGCGCUGCAGGUAUAGAUAUUUCCGUUUAAAGUUUAUGAAAAUAUUGAUUUUUGGUGAAGCUAUUAUCACUGUCCACAAGAGCAAUGGAAACACCGCGAAUAUCGAAGUCGUGGAAAGGAGAUGGCAGCAUGAAAACUCCAGCACUAGCAGCAGUCCCGCGACGCACCAUAUGGUAAUAUUUACCCAGCCCCGAUACCAAUUUGACAAAUUACCAAAACCGCAACCUCCAUCGCACCAUCACCAUCAUCCUGGUCCAGUGUUGCUCUUCUGCCAUUUACAACAUAGACACCCCAUCGCGAUCCGACUUCUCCACCCGCGAGCUGCUAUGAUUCGGAUUGCCUUGGAAACUAGUACGCCAUGACGAUGGUGGCUAGUGUGUAUAGCAAAAUGCAAUGUGCGUCUAUUGCUUCAACAUCACCGUAUCACACCACGCUGUUCUCGCUGCUACUGGAAACGGCCGCUUCUAUGUAUCACCACCCUCACUGUGCGGUGUGGUGUAUCCGUUAUCGCGCUGGAAGCGUGCGAAAUAAAUAGCUUUGUUUGCUUUUCAUAACGCUCGGUCCGGUCCACUUCGUCCACCAACCUGUCUGUCCGAAAUGGUAAAAAAAGAAAUUUUCAGGAAGACAGGUCAUGCUCUUUAGAGCUACCUU